GACCGACUUCAACCACGAACCCAUCACCGUUUUCUUUGCUUGCUCAAUAUAGUUUGCCUGAAGCGAUCUCAUAACAAUGUGCUCGACCGACAUCUUUCUCGGUCUUCUCGCCGUCAUUUUCCCACCCGUGGCAGUCUGGGUAAAGCGCGGCCUCUGCUCUGCCGACUCCAUCAUCAACAUCCUCCUCUGCGUUCUUGGAUACAUCCCGGGCCUCCUCCAUGCCUGGUACAUCAUCGCCAAGUACCCUGAACCGCCCUACGACUAUGAGUACCAGAGCAUUCCGCAUGACCCGGAACACGGCCGCAUCUACGUCUUCGUGCACAACGGCGGCCACGGCCAGCCGCAGACCCAAGGCUACCAGCCGCAGGAGCCCGCUCACGCUCAGGCUCCCAAGCCGCAGGGCCACAUGAACUACGGCACCACGGGCGCGGCUGCUGCGCCCCAGUUCCAGCCCCCGCAUCAGCACCAGCCACAGGAGCAGGGCACUGCCAGCGCUGCUGGUACCGCUGCCGGGCCGAGCGACGCCGGUGCGCCGCCGCCGAGCUACGCUCAGGUUGUCGCGGGGGAUUACAAGGUCCAGACGCAUGACUAGAAUGGUGUGAAUGGGCUAUGCUCUCUGACUACCCAGUAUGGUGGCAGCAUUGCAGCGGGCGGGGUUUUCCGCUCGUUUUUUUUGUUGCGACCCGCGGGGGGGGGGGGGGGGGGGCUCGCCGUGAUACAUAGUGAAUUGGAAUGGAUUCGUGGGAAUGGAUCGUUUGCUUGUCCUGUUUUUUUGCGUAUGGAUUUAGUCGGUGUUUCAAGGCGGGUAUAGUGUUUGUUUGGCCGAUAUUGGAUUAUUGGAUGUUGGAUGGCUUUGAUGUUAGCUCAUGUAUGUACCACCGUCAUGCGGUGACCGCCCCGCUAUUCUGUUGAUCAUGCGGUAUGUUCACUGUGUCAUUAUACAAACCACGAGGUCUCCAGG